AUGGAAACGUCACAAGGGGAUUCGCCAUCUGGCGAAUCCCCGUCUGAAAAACACAUGCAUAUUUCUCAGAAUAAUUCAGAAAAGUCAAAUAAUCUGAUAGAAGACUCUAACUUAGAUAAUGGAAAUAGAUAUAAAAGUACAGAUUUACCCCCAUACUCUAUUUAUCUCGAAUCAAUCGAUAAAAAUAUAGGAUAUAUGAAGGAUUUAGUAAUUGGUAAAAAACUUUUUGAUAGUGGCAUUGAAGGAAUUAAUAAAGUGGAGAAAAGGGGGCGGAACCGGAUUGAAGUUGAAUUUAAUUACUAUAAAAAAGCUAAUGAUUUCAUAAUAUCCGAAUAUAUCAAAGCAAACAACUGGCGAGCGUAUAUACCGGCUCACCGGGUAUCCUGCCGAGGUAUUAUCCGAGAAAUAGACAUAAGUAUGAGCGACGAAACUUUAAUGAAAUAUUUAAAAACGGAAAAUGAGAGAGAAGUAUUAAGGGUUAGAAGAUUGAAGAGAAAACGCAUUGACGAAGAUGGUAAUAUAACAUAUGUUGAUUCAGCUACGGUGGUGGUAACAUUCGAUGGCGUAAGAUUGCCAAGGCAUGUCUCACUUUUUCAUGUUUACAGAAUACCAGAAUUGUAUAUAGCACCGGUCAUACAGUGCUACAAAUGCUGUAGGUAUGGCCAUACAAAAAUGUUAUGCAAAGCGCAAGUCAGAUGCCCAAGGUGCUCUGAAGGUCAUGAUUUAUCAGUUUGUACGUCAGAACAAAUGGUAUGCUGUCAUUGUAAACAAAAUCAUUACUCAACUGAAGUAGGCACACCACUAUCAGAAAGAUGCUGUCCUGAAUAUAAAAGGCAAAAAGAAGUUAAGAGGUUAAUGGCAACACACAGUUAUUCGGCAUAUGAAGCCCAUAUGUUAACUACAAACCCAGCGGUUACACCCCGUAUUAAUAGUAAAUUUGACACUUCAAAACCACCGGUUGCAUUUCUUCCUAAAUUUAUCAAAUUUGACGAUAAAGAAAGAUUAAUUGAACCGAAACGUUCAUCGAAAUACGUUUUUAAACGCCCAAACUGUGUAUUGAAAGUGAUAUUAGAUUCCGCGAAGUGA